AUGUCGUGCAAGGAGGAGGACGGCGGCACGACGGAGCUGUCGGGCUCGCCUCAAGAAAGGGUGAUCCAGCUGCUGAACAGCGCCCAGGAGGCCACCGGCGAGCCGGAGAAGGUCUCGCUGCUGGCCCAGGCGCAGGAGUUCAUCAUCCACCGCGACCUCCUCGAGCCCUUCCUCGAUCACAUGUUGGCCUUUCAGAGCGACCGCAUGGCCGAGGUGCGCAAGCUGGUGGCCGGCUUCAUCGAGGCGACCUGCCGGAAGGCGCCGGCCUACUUUCCGCGCGUCACCGGCAGCCUGCGCCUCCUGCUCGCCGACGAGGUGGCCAACGUGCUGAAGAAGGCGAUCCAGGUGUCCACCGGUCUCUACAAGGUCUUCCUCGCCUGGCUGACUCAGAGCAGAUCAGAGGAUGGUGGUGACAGGCCGUCGGCGGAUGUGGCCGCCGCCACGCUGAUGCUCUGGACGCAGAUGAAGAGCUACAUCUCGACGCUGCUCGACUCUACGGAGAAUGACGGCAUCCGCACGCAGUGCGUCAAGUUCCUCGAGAACGUCAUUCUCUGUCAGACGAAGCGAGACGCCUUCACCACCACCGCCGUGGCCGGUGACUUUUCACUAGAUCAGAUCACCAAUAAUAAGCUCAUCGAGGCGGAGACGUUCGAAGCGGAGGCGGCCAAGUUCUUCAGUCAGCUGGUGGCCUUUCAGGCGAAGCUGCACAUCUCCAGCGUCAACCUGAUGGCCACCAUGCAGAGUCUGGCGCUCAUUGCCCGCCAGCGGCCCGCCCACUUCUUCCUCAAGGUGGUGGCCGCCUUUGAGACGCUGAGCACCAACCUGCCGCCGACGCUGGCGAAGAUUCAGGUGAACUCGGUGAACAAGCAGAUGAAGCUGCUGCUGCUGAUGCUCUUCAAGCACCCCUUCCUCUACGCCGCCAAGCAGCACCACAAGCUGCAGCAGCUCCUCCUCAAGGUGGGCGCCACCAGUUCCGAGGUGACGCGCUCUCUGAAUGAGGUCCGCAAGCGGGGCAUCAAGGUUGAGGCGGCGGCGGCGGCGGCGACUUCGGCGGAGGAGCCCGCAAAGAAGCGCUCCAAGGUUGUGGGCGCAGGCGAGACGGACGACAGUGGCAGUAGUGGCACUAAUGGCGCCCCAUCAUCAUCAGCCUCCACUGCCUUCAACGUGGACGCGGCGCUGCAAGACCUGGCGCGAAAGUUCUCCCGCCACGACGUGGCCCGCGCGACGGAGACCACCGCGAAGGACCUGGUGGGGCGGCUGACACCGGGCGGCAACGCGGACGCCCUCGCCGACCUGGUCCUCUCCUCGCUGCACCUCUUUCCCGAGACGCUCAGCGAGGGCCAGCGGUCGACGCUGCUGGCGGAGACGGCGAAGAAGACCCCGCAGAGCCAGGCAGUGCCGGAGAUUGCCAAGCGGCUGGCGGCGCAGCUCACCGCCGCAGGGCUGGGGCCCGGCGUGGAGGAGAUGACCGUCAAGUACACGAAGUACUUCGUCCUCAGCAACAAGCUGCAGGUGAACACGGAGACGGCCAAGAAGAUUCACAGUCUGGUGAAGCGGUUUGUCAGCCGCGAUGCGAAGCGGCUCGAGGCAGCAGCAGCAGCGUCGACGGGAGGCAAAGGAGGAGCGAAGGGAAAGGCUGCCACGGCGGCAGGCUCUGCUAAGCUGGUCGCUUCGAAGAGCUCCGCUUCUGCAGCCGGAAAAGGAAGUGCCAAAAGCGGUGGCAAUCAGCAGCAGAAGCAGGCGCAGCUACUGCGACAGCAGCAACAGGCGGCGGCGGCGGAGGAGGCGGCCCGGCAGCAGCAGGAGGCGCUGGCGAAGUACAAGACCAUCGAGAGCGCCGUCAGCCGGAUGAUCUCGGAGCCGGGGGCGGCGGAGCAGAGCACCUGGCGCCUCUCUCCGAGCGAGCAGGAGGCGCAGCACCAGCUGCUGGGCAAGCUGCUGUCGGACUUUUCCCCCUUCGAGGGCCUGAAGACGAUGAUCAAGGAGUACGUCUUCCGGGACAUCCGCUCGCGCAGCGACAUCCUCCUCAACAUGCUCUUCACUGUGUACGUGGCGGGGAAGGAGGAGGCCGGCGGCGGCGGGGGCGGCUCGCUCGACCACUACGCCGCCUGUCUCCACUGGGUGCUGGAGUGCGUGGUGAACCACCACCACAGCGGCUGCGCGGCGGACGUCAAGGAGCGCGACCACUACCUCGCCAAGUUCUUCGUGGAGGCGCCCUGCCUGACGGAGGACGCGGCCGCCCUCCUCAAGUCCUUCAUCCUCGGUAGUCCGGCGCAGUACCCGGAGUGCGCCGCCUCGGGCGUCGCCCUGGCGAAGCUGCUCGUCCGCGUGAAGCCCCGCCACCGCGGGCAGCUGCUGCGCGUGCUACUGCAGGUGGCCGCCGACCCGGAGGCGAGGGAGGAGGCGCAGGCGGCGGCGCUGGAGGCCGUCAAGGGCCUCUACCUCGAGGGGAAGACGCUCGCCGUCGGCGGGGCGAUUGAGGAGUUUGCGCUGCGGGAGCUGGGGCGGCUGCAGGAGCGGCUGCAGCGGCGGCCCAAGGAGGAGGAGGAGGAGAAGGGGGAAGGGCAGGAAGUGGAGAAGAAGAAGAAGAAGUCGGACGAGGUGAAGGAGGUCAAACAGCCGCCGCCGCCGCCCCCGGAGCCGGUCAGCGAGGCCAUUGUUCGUUCCUCCCUUUCCCUCUACUUCCUCCUGCUGCCCUUCAACCAGAAGCUGAUCCACCACCUGCCGCCGCUCUUCACCGAGGCGAGCCACGAGACGAAGCGGACCAUCCUCCGGCUGCUGAACGGCGCCGUGGAGCACAUGAUGAUGGAGGAGGAGGGGGACCUGAUGGACUCGCCGGAGCUGGCCCGCCUCCUGGAGACCUGCACGGCGGCCACCGAGCUGCUGCCGCUGAACAUCCUCCACAAGCUGACGGAGGGGCGGCCGCCCAGUCUGGCGCUCUUCACCCGGGUCCGCGACCUCUACCAGCGCGGGGUGCUGCGCAACAUUCGCUUUCUCAUUCCGGUGCUGAGUCGCUUCAGCAAGAAGGAGAUCAUCGGCUACCUGCCGCAGCUGAUCAAAUUUAGUCCGCAUGUAGUUCAGGAGAUCUUCUUCUACCGACUGCUCACGCGGGGGCUGCAUGAAAAUCAGCAGCACCACCACCACACCUCCUUCAGCAGUCCCAUCUCGCCCACUGAUCUCCUCGUGGCGCUGCACAACAUUGACUCCACCAAGUGCGAGCUCAAGUUUGUGGUCAAGGCCACUGACCUGUGCCUGGACGAGCGGGCCAUCUACACCUCCGACGUGCUGGCGGUGGUGAUGCAGAUGCUGCUGGAGCAGCAGCCCCUGCCGACGCUGCUGAUGCGGACGGUGAUCAAGGCGCUGCGCGCCUACCCCCGUCUGGAGAACUUUGUGCUGAACAACAUCCUGCAGAGGUGCAUCGUCAAGCAGGUCUGGUCGCAGAAGGCGGUUUGGGACGGUUUCGUCAAGUGCUGCCAGCAGACGAUGCCCAAGAGCUUCCCGGUGCUGCUCCAGCUGCCGCCGGCCCACCUGAGGACGGUCUUCGAGGACUGUCCGCCCAUCAGGCCGGCGAUGAGGGCCUACGUCCAGGCGCUCAACGAGCAGCAGCUCGCCCACAUACCCGGCUCGGUGUACGAGCUGAUUAUGGCGCCCCCGCCGACNCG